AUGAAAGGAGGUGGAAGGCCAGGUACACCAGCAGGCGUUAGCCCUCCAGGCCCUGAAAGGCCACCCCUGACACAGGAGGACCACAAUGCUCCCCAAACACCUGCAUCACAGCCACUCUCUGAACUAGGCACCUGCGCAGAUACCAGCAUCUCGGUGGGCAUUAGUUCAGUGGCAAGUUUCUCGGCGCACAUUGGUUACGCCCAGUUCCUUGGUGCAAAGAUGGGAAAUACCAGUGAGGAAACUAACAUCUUCCUGUCAUCAAUAUCAAAGGAGGAAGAUAUUAUUUUUGGAAUAAUUUAUUCCGUGUAUGGUUUUUUAUCCGUGUUUGGAAACAGUGUUCUCUUGUUUAUAGCAUACCGGAAAAGACACAUCCUUAAACCUGCUGAAUAUUUUAUUGUAAACUUAGCUAUCAGUGACCUUGGAAUGGUAUUAACUCUAUUACCACUGGCCAUACCAUCAUCUUUUGCACACAGAUGGUUGUUUGGCCAAGGAUCAUGCAUCUAUUAUGCUUUCUGUGGUGUUUUGUUUGGUAUCUGCAGCAUUACUAACUUGACGGUUUUGAGUGUUGUCUGCUGUAUGAAGGUCUGUUACCCUGCAUAUGGCAACAGAUUUACAUCAGAAUAUGCGUGUCUCCUGACUACCUGUGUUUGGGUAUAUGCUUCCAUAUUUGCCAUUUCUCCUCUAGCAAAUUGGGGUCAUUAUGGAAUGGAGCCUUAUGGGACCGCUUGCUGCAUAGACUGGAAAGCACCAAAUACAGAUUCCAAUGCAAUGUCCUAUAUCAUGGCACUCUUUCUGUUUUGCUACAUCUUCCCCUGUGGUAUAAUCACUAUAUCGUACACUCUCAUCCUGUUAACAAUAAAAGAAUCAAGAAGAGCAGUGCAACAGCAUGUAUCCCCACAAACAAGCACAAGCAAUGCACACAAUUUAAUUAUAAAGUUGAGUGUGACUGUGUGCAUUGGAUUCUUCACAUCAUGGACACCAUAUGCGGUUACAGCAAUGUGGGCAGCGCUUGGGAAUGCUGAUAAGGUUCCACCUCUAGCGUUUGCUCUGUCAGCUAUAUUUUCAAAAACCUCUACCUUAUACAACCCGGUCAUCCAUCUGCUGUUUAAACCAAACUUUCGGAAGUUUCUAAGCAAAGACAUGGCACAUUUAAUCGAUCUGUGCAGGCGGCAAAGUGGACCUUGCAGUAGUGGACCAGAUCUGUCUUUAAAAUCAGUUUGCGAUCAGACCACAUUGAAUUCUUGCAAACUUCCAAAUGGAAUUGUGGAUCUGCAGGAUGCCUGCGACACAUGCACUGAUACAUUUGAACAUUUCAGUAACCAUCCAAAAUCUCAGCGUUCACAAGGAUCCUCACCCAAAGCCAGUAUUGAUGUUUCAAGUGAUAACAGUACAGCACAUGAACAGAUGAAAACUACCCUUGUGGUGCUAACUGGAAACAUUUCAUCUGAAAACAUUGAAGUUGCAAUAGACAUACUGCCCACCAAGCUUACUAAGGAUCUAAUAUAA